GUGGCUCUCGGGGCCCCGCCCCGCUCCUUGGCCCAGUCUCGGGGACCCGGACCGAGGGAGCGGGACGGAAGUGAGCAGGUCCCGCCCCUUCCCCUGCCCGCAUUCUUUGGAGCCGCCGCCGCCGCUGCCGCCCUCCUCCGCUGCUCGCUCUUCGGCGAGCCGGAGUCUCAGUGCCGUACCCUCAGUCCCCGGCCGCGCGGAGCCGGGAUGCACUGCUCCUGCUGUGGGUCCUCAUCAUGGAGACCAAACGGGUGGAGAUUCCCGGCAGCGUCCUGGACGAUCUCUGCAGCCGAUUUAUUUUGCAUAUUCCCAGCGAGGAAAGAGACAAUGCAAUCCGAGUGUGUUUUCAGAUUGAACUUGCCCAUUGGUUUUACUUGGAUUUCUACAUGCAGAACACACCAGGAUUACCUCAGUGUGGGAUAAGAGACUUUGCUAAAGCUGUCUUCAGUCAUUGUCCAUUUUUGCUGCCUCAAGGUGAAGAUGUGGAAAAAGUUUUGGAUGAAUGGAAGGAAUAUAAAAUGGGAGUACCAACAUAUGGUGCAAUUAUUCUUGAUGAGACUCUUGAAAAUGUACUACUGGUUCAGGGGUACUUAGCAAAAUCAGGCUGGGGUUUUCCAAAAGGAAAAGUAAAUAAAGAAGAAGCUCCUCAUGAUUGUGCUGCUAGAGAGGUCUUUGAGGAAACUGGUUUUGAUAUCAAAGACUAUAUUUGUAAGGAUGAUUACAUUGAACUUCGAAUCAAUGACCAGCUUGCUCGUUUAUACAUCAUUCCAGGAGUUCCAAAAGAUACAAAAUUUAACCCAAAAACCAGAAGAGAAAUUCGGAACAUUGAGUGGUUCUCCAUUGAGAAAUUGCCUUGUCAUAGAAAUGAUAUGACCCCCAAAUCCAAACUUGGUUUGGCACCAAACAAAUUUUUUAUGGCCAUUCCUUUUAUCAGACCAUUGAGGGACUGGCUUUCUAGAAGAUUUGGAGAUUCCUCAGACAGUGACAAUGGAUUUUCCUCAGCUGGUAGCACACCAGCUAAACCCACUGUAGAAAAAUUGAGUCGAACAAAAUUUCGCCACAGUCAGCAGUUAUUUCCUGAUGGUUCUCCUGGUGACCCAUGGAUAAAGCAAAGGCAGCCACUGCAACAAAAGCCAUAUAAUAAUCAUUCUGAAAUGUCUGAGGUUUUAAAAGUGAAGAAUCAGAGUAUGAGGGGAAAUGGCAGAAAACAGUAUCAAGACUCACCAAAUCAAAAGAAAAGAACAAAUGGGGUCCAUAGUCAGCCAGCGAAGCAGCAGAAUUCCUUGAUGAAAUGUGAAAAGAAAUUCCAUCCACGAAAACUUCAGGAUAAUUUUGAAACAGAUGCUGUAUAUGACUUAUCUUGCUCCAGUGAAGACCAGUUGCUAGAACAUGCUGAAGGACAAUCUGUAGCAUGUAAUGGACAUUGCAAGUUCCCCUUUUCAUCCAGAGCCUUUUUGAGUUUCAAGUUUGACCAUAAUGCUAUAAUGAAAAUUUUGGACCUUUGAUUGCAGCAGCUGCAUUGUAGAUGUCCCAAGAUCAGAGACCUGUUGCAUUUGAGUGGGUGUCUCCUCAAGCCUUACCUUUCUCAGGUGUUUAUAGAAAUGCAGGGAGGCAAUGUUUCUGAAGAGAUUUUCUGUGCAGAAGAGAGCAGAAAGAAACACGAAUUUGCACUGUAAAUGCAGUUAUAAUGUUUUAUAUAGAUAUACCUUUUCAGUGUUUGAUACAUAUUUCAGUUGCUAAUUCUUUUUUUUUUGGAGGGCAUUUAUUCUGUGUGACUGGGUUUUAUUUUGUAUUCUGGUCAAGAAAAUUGUGUUGAGUUAUCAUCAAGUAACCAAGUUAAUGGGAAUACUCCAUCUACCCACUUCAUUGAUUCCAAUACUAGUUUACUUAUAUUGACAUUUUAAAAAAGAAACUUAAAAUACCCAAUUACUUAUUACUAAAAACGAGAACUGACAUGUCACAGAUGUCAAGAUUACAGGUCAUCUACUUUGAUGGCAUUUUGUAUAUUUCUCUGCUACUAAGCACUGAGGCUCUCUAAUUCCCCUCUAUCAGGGUUAUGUUGAAAGAAUUUAUUUAGAGCCAACUUCUGCAAUAUGAUGUUCAUGUUCAAAAUGAACCCUUUGCACUUCAUAAGGACAAAGUCUGCAACCUGGAGAGGGAUUGAGUUGGUGGGGAGUGGAUGCUAUAAAUUCGAGUUGUGAUGCAUGCAGUCAGUAAACCUGAGACUGCUGAAGAAAGGGUAGCUGAGCUGGAACCCAGCAACUACUUUGGGUCCUGUCUUCAGCAUCCUGCCUCCAACCCUUUAGUAUUGUACAAUGAUUUUGUUCUUGUGGAAAUUUCUUCUAUAUUCCAGUUGUGUAAAUAUGUAUGGAAAACUGAUAUUAUUAGGUUUUACAUUGCAUCUCAGUGUUGAUCUAUGGAAACUGAUGUCAUAUUAGGUUCCAAUUGACAAUAGUAGCAGAGACUGACAUGGUUUUUUUGGCCCCUGGAUGAUGGAGUGAGAAGGGAAGGGGUAUAUAGUUUACCCAAGUACAAAUUUUCACUAGGCUACAUGUCAUGUACGAUACAUGAAAAUAACAUAUAUAAACUCACUCCUAGGAAUGUAUUUUACUCCUUCAGGAUUCUUAAAUCCAAAUAAGGAAGGCAGUGCCCAUUUAAGAAGGAUUUCAGCUAUAAUUGAGGACAAUCACCAGGGUUUUAAGGGG